AUGUCUUCGCGUGCGAUUCGGAAGUUACAGAAAUUGCGUGAGCGAGAAUUGCAACAAAGGCAACAAAGUGAAGAUACAUCGAGCGACGAUGAAGCCCCGCGCCCCGCAAAGCCAAAAUUGAAUGCGUUUGACCUUCUUAACACCGGGGAUGACGAUAAUGACGAUGGAAACGAGUCCGAUGAACCUGCGAAUGAGCCUGCCCUGAAUCUGUCCGAACCCGAUUCCCCGUCCAAUGAGACCAAGAACGCCAGCAAGAAGAAGAAAAAGAAGAAGAAGAACAAAGCCAAGCCCACCGCCUCAAGCAAGCCAGACACCCGAGAAUCCGAUGAAGAACUUGAUGAGAUCGAUCGAGCUCUCAAGGAGCUUGCUACUGAAGGGCGGGCUGCAACGGGUACAGGGCAAGCACAGACGACAACGGAUUCUCUGGAUGCUUCGUUCCCCAAGACAACCAGCGAACUCCUUGCGGUUGAUCCCAAGUUCUUAAAUGCCACAAACGAAAUGAAGCGUCUGUUCGGCAACGUUGUUCUGGAAAACUUUGAUCAACCAGCGGGUACGGGUACUGGUCGUCGACGGGAGCGCAAUCGAGAAACGGUUGACCUCGGCCAAGCGUUGACGGGCCGAUACAGUCCCGCCAGUAGGGGACAGAGCUUGGCCGGAGUGACACUUCGACGGAAUAUCCUCAUGCAAGGGAAGGAUGAUUGGCCUCGAGCGCCAAGCGGAGGACUCGGCAUGGAACUUGAAGAGAAAAUGACUUCUGGUGCUACCCUGUACCGCAUCGUCCAUAAUGCUGCCUAUGAAGAUGUCCAGAGGCAGUUUGAGCUCUGCGUCGAAUCCAUGGAUCCUCAGCGCCUGAUCCAUCACUUGCAAUACAAUCCUUAUCACAUCUCGACCUUGUUGCAGGUGUCCGAGAUCGCGAAACACCAAAGCGAUCACGCAGUGUCCGCCGAUCUCCUCGAGCGAGCACUCUUCAACAUUGGACGGUCGGCCCAUUCAUCAUUCAACACACGCCUCAGAGAAGGCCAGGCCCGGCUGGACUUUUUGUACAUGGAAAAUCGUGAGUUAUGGUUGGUGGGUUGGAGGUACAUUGCAAACCUGGGCAUGAAAGGAACGUGGAGAACCGCGUAUGAGUGGGCAAAACUUUUACUGAGUCUGAAUGACUCCGAUCCCUAUUGCAUGAAACUUAUUAUAGACCACCUGGCACUGCGGGGUCGGGAAUAUGGUCAAUUUGUGGAUCUCUGCACUCAAACGCGAUUUAGUCGUGACUGGGCUGAGCUUCCAAACAUUCAAUGCUCAUUGGUCAUGGCGUAUCUGCGCUUGAGCAAGCCUCAGGAAUGUCGCCGUCAGCUUCACCACGCCAUGUCUCGUUGGCCAUGGGUGUUCAAUCGAAUGGCUCAGGAGUUAGAUCUUCAGCACAUUCCGAAGCAGAUUUGGGGCAAGAUGCCCCCCACUGCAUCUCAUGAGCUUCUGACCGAGCUAUACAUUGUCCGUUCCAAGGAUCUCUGGAACACACCGGAGGCUGUCUCGCUCAUUGUGGAGGUUGCCGACACGCUGUCGGAUGAACCACACUCUAUAGAACCUCCAGAGAUCACGUUGGAUAUGGCUCGUCAUGUCGUGCUCUCCGACAUUCCCAAGGUGACCACUCACCUUCCCACUCGUUUCGUUUCGGGUCGCAUGUCUGCAUCUGAUCCCUUGCCCCCCUAUGAUUCAGACGCCUACCGCCAACAGAGCGAUCCGACCCCAUCCUAUCUCGCCCAGGUUCCACAGGCUGGCCAGCCCCAAUGGCUCCGCGAUUUCAUGGGACAACUGCAGAAUGGCGGUGGCAUUCGAUUCCCUUGGCUGCAACGCGGUGACAUGGAGGGAGACGAGGAAGAAAUUGCGGGAGACGGCGGGAACGUCGACGGUGGUGGUCCCGGGAAUCCGUCCUCGGAAGGCCGAGCCCGCCCCUUGGCUGUCGACCAGCAAGUCAUCGAGCAAUGGCUUGUGAAUGACGGUCUCGAGGCCUUGGAGAUCUUCUUCCACCGAAAUGGAGUUGAUCGCGGGAACUGGGGGGACGUCGUGGAUUAUAGUCCACUCACCGAGUAUCUCGAGGCUCUUGAGCAGAUCCAGCCAGAAACUUCUCGACUGCCCAUUCUACACGGAAUUGUCCAGGAGGUGAUUGGAGAGAUUGCGGUCUCCGUCCUGGAGGAUGAGCUGGAAAUGAUGGAAGAGGAGCGGGCUGCUGAGGACGAAUAG